UUUACCGGUAGCGGCACUUUCGCCACUUCCUCUUGACUUGACUGUCAAACAUGUAUUAUUCUGUCACAAACCAAACACAAAAAGUGACGUUUAUUUGAGGUUAUGUUCAGAUUUAUUUAACUCGCCGGAACGUAAUUUAAGUGAAAAAACAUUGCUGCAAAAAUGUCCGAAGACGUCCAGAGGCACUCCGUGCACACUUUAGUGUUCCGCUCCCUAAAACGCUCCCACGACAUGUUCCUUUCAAACCAGGGCAUCCUGCCCCCAGUGGACGACAAAGCCGAUAAUCUCCGAAAAGCCGUGAAAGCCCGAGACCUCUACGGACUCGUCUUCGACGACGUGAAAAAAAUGCAAGCUAUGAAGCACCUGCGAGAGGCUGAAGCCGGCCCGAAUCCGCCACCACCAGGGACUCGAACCGAAAAUUCCACCGUUAGUAACGAAAGCGCGGUGGUGCCUUACACCGACACCAGUCUCAUGACUCGUGCAGUACAAAAUAAUACCCAGAAUCAACUGGCCAACAUCGUCAAGAAGGUCCCCACGAUGCCGAAACCCAAGUGGCACCCGCCGUGGAAGCUGUUCCGGGUGAUUGCGGGCCAUUUGGGGUGGGUGAGGUGUGUGGCAGUGGAGCCAGGCAACGAGUGGUUUGCUACAGGAGCGGCAGAUCGAAUUAUAAAAAUCUGGGACCUUGGGAGUGGACAGUUGAAAGUGUCUUUAACCGGGCACGUGAGUACGGUCAGAGGGUUAGCUGUGAGUAACAGACACCCGUAUUUGUUCAGUUGCGGCGAAGACAGACAGGUGAAGUGUUGGGAUUUGGAGUAUAACAAAGUCAUCCGGCAUUACCAUGGACACUUAUCAGCGGUGUACUCGUUAGCGCUUCAUCCUACUAUUGACGUUUUAUUGACGGCAGGGCGCGAUUCCACGGCGAGAGUCUGGGAUAUGAGGACUAAAGCAAACGUGCACACUUUGACGGGUCACACGCACACCGUGGCAAGUGUGAUCGCACAAGCGUCAGAACCACAAGUUAUUACAGGCUCCCACGAUACCACAAUCCGGUUGUGGGACUUGGCGGCCGGAAAAUCCAUUUGUACUCUCACCAACCACAAAAAAAGUGUCAGGGAUGUUAUUUUUCACCCAACUUUGAACAUGUUUGCGUCCGGGUCUCCUGAUAACAUAAAGCAGUGGAAGUGCCCAGAUGGCAAGUUUAUCCAGAAUUUGUCCGGGCACAAUGCUAUAGUGAAUUGUUUGGCGGUGAACGCGGAAGGCGUUCUGGUGUCAGGGGGCGACAACGGUACACUGCAUUUCUGGGACUGGAGAACCGGCUACAAUUUCCAAAGGUUACAGGCUCCUGUGCAACCUGGAUCCAUGGACAGUGAAGCCGGAAUAUUUUCAAUGAUUUUUGACAACUCUGGUUCAAGAUUAAUCACAACUGAAGCCGACAAGACUAUUAAAAUUUACAAAGAAGACGACACGGCGACUGAAGACAGCCAUCCCAUCAACUGGAAACCAGACAUUCUGAAGAGGAGGAAGUUCUAAGGACAUUGUCGUGCUCUAGAUUUUUAAUUUUAUAAAAAAAAAAGUUAAAUUUAUCAAUAAAUAACAGAUAUGAAGAA